AUGAGACCCUUCUACGUCAUUAUGGAGUACGUGAUGUUCGGCAAGCUGCUGGCCUUCCUGCGCGACCACCGCACGCGACACAACUACUACAACUUCUCCUCCGACACCGAAGCCCUGACCUCGCGCGACCUCACCCGCUUCGCCUGCCAGAUUGCAACCGGAUGCGAUUACCUGCAAAGCCGCGGGUAAGCCUCGUCUUUUAUCAUCCACCGCGACCUGGCUUCGCGCAACAUCCUGGUCGACCACAACAAAGUGUGCAAGAUCGCCGACUUCGGGCUGGCUCGCAGCGUCAAGGAUCUGGGUAGCGACAUUUACGAGCAGAAGAGCAGAGGCGCGCUGCCGAUUCGUUGGAUGGCGCCCGAGAGCCUCUACAUGAACAUCUUCACCCACAAGUCAGACGUGUGGAGCUUCGGCAUCCUCUGUUGGGAGAUCGUUACUCUGGGGUCGACCCCGUACCCCGGCAUGACCGCGCGCGAGGUGAUGCGGCGCGUGCGCGAGGGCUACCGCCUGGACCGCCCCGAGCACUGCCGCCCCGAACUCUACCACAUCGUGACCAAGUGCUGGCACCAAGACCUCAACAAGCGGCCCACGUUCUCAGAGCUCAAGGUUGAGUUGGCUAAUCUUUUGGAUAGCCAGCCUGGCUACAUCAUUGAUCUUGAAAACUUCCCAGAAGGCAGUUACUACUCUAUGCACGAGAAUAACGAGGAAAAGCUGUGAUUUGUUUAUAUUUCUUAUGAAGGGAUGUUCAAUUAGGUAUCUCUGUUAGGGUUUCUCAUUUCUUCCUUUGUACAUAGCUUAUUUUAGUCCAACAGUCUUAUUGUUUACAUCGUUUAUUCCUUCUGCAUGUUUCCCACACACAAACAAAAAUUCUUUUCACUCAGUCAUAUUUAUACCCCGAUCAAGGAAGACCUGACUUCAUCCCUGCCCUGUGUCACUCUGGUUGUCAUUACCAUGCACUGUGCUGUAGAACUUGAUAGGUCGGAGGCGCCAAGCUGGUCUUGGCCUCCGUUAGGUAGGGAGACGGGAAGACGCCCGGCGCGCCGCCAGGGUGCCAAAAGUCGGCCGGGGUUUUCAGAUCAUGAAGCUGUUACCGAACAGAUAGGCAAUACAGUACAGGGAAUAAAGAAAUAGUAUAGCUGGAGCAUGAUCUUUGCGUGGAGUUUAUUUGAGAGACGGAAAAUGUAAGUUUACAGUUCUGAAGCUUUACCAAAGAUAGCAUAUCUGAUAUUUAGCAAGAGUAAUAAAGCAUGAUUGGACAGAUCAAACGC